AUGAGCGACGCGUUAACUAACACACUUAACCCAACGACUUCUUCAACGAUAACCAUUCGGCUCAUAAAAAAUUUUGAAUAUCGUACUAUUAAGAACCUUGUUUUUCAGCAUGUAAAUUUAGAAACAACUACUAUCAUAGAACUAAAGGAACUCGUUCGAGAAAGGAUAAAAACUACAUCUGGAUUAAAGGCUUUUCGUAAUGUGAAUUAUGACACGCUAAAACUUUACACAAAAGCGCAUGGAACUAAAACUCAGAACUUGGUGAUAAACAUUGAUGAUGACACACAUUCGGUUUUUUUAAAUGAUGAUUCAACCUUGAUUUCAUGUGGUAUCGCGUAUGAAACUUAUAAAACGCAUCCGGACGUGAUUAAGUGGGAUUAG